CCUCUCGACCUCAAAUCUCCGAACUAAAUUCUCUCUCUCUCUCGCCUCCCUUUCUCGGUCGAUAGAAAAUGGCAGCUUUAUCACGGAUCACGAGGAAAGCUAUGACUACUACAAUCUCUCCUGUCCACGUCAUCCAGCGAGCACUGUCCACGUCAGCAGCGGCAACAACCGCGACCGAGGGUGCCAAGACCAUAACGCCGUCAGCGGACCGAGUGAAGUGGGACUACCGAGGACAGAGAAAGAUAAUUCCGUUGGGUCAGUGGCUCCCAAAGGUUGCGGUGGAUGCGUACGUGGCUCCUAAUGUUGUUCUUGCGGGCCAGGUCACCGUUUGGGAUGGUGCCUCAGUCUGGGCUGGCUCGGUCCUACGUGGCGAUCUUAACAAGAUUACUGUUGGUUUUUGCUCCAAUGUGCAAGAGCGCUGCGUCAUUCACGCUGCUUGGUCUUCCCCUACGGGGCUGCCGGCAGAGACAUCCAUUGAGAGGUUUGUCACAGUUGGUGCAUACAGUCUCUUGCGCUCAUGCACAAUUGAGCCAGAGUGCAUUAUUGGGCAGCACUCUAUUCUAAUGGAAGGUUCUUUGGUGGAGACACACUCUAUCCUUGAAGCUGGGUCUGUGGUUCCCCCAGGUCGGAGAAUUCCAAAUGGUGAGCUCUGGGCUGGAAAUCCAGCUAGGUUUGUUCGGACUUUGACCCAUGAAGAAACCACGGAAAUCCCUAAACUUGCUGUUGCUAUUAAUGAUCUGAGCAAAAGUCAUUUCUCAGAGUUUCUCCCAUAUUCAACCGUUUAUUUGGAAGUUGAGAAGUUCAAGAAGAAUUUGGGGAUUUCUAUCUAAUGAUAAUGAAUAUUCAGUUUUUUUCUGGUUAUCAAUUGUAGUUUUCCCUGCAAGGAAAUAAGGAGCUUGAGAACAUUAAAAACAAGUUUUCUUUUUAUUCUUGUAUCUGAAUUUGAUUUUGCUGGGUGGCGAAAGAACUGGAGAAAGAGUUUGAAUUUGAAGAGUUAUAGGAGUGAUCAGAGCUACCUCUAUUUGUAGUCA